CGAUACCUCUCAGUAGCAUACCAUAUACCAUCUCUCGUUCUCACGCUCAAAAAAAUGCCUCCCCCAACCGCUACCCUCCGACCGGAACCUGUCCGGGCUGGUGCCAAAAAGGACACCAACAAGGACGCAACCGUAGCCAGCUCGUCCAAGGCUGCUGGUAACGGUAACUCGGACAAGAUGGCCAGGCCCGAUCAGGCGGCUUAUAAUGCCGAGCAGGAUCAGCUUAAUAAAGAGAUCGGGGUGUUGAGGGAGGAGAUGAACGAGAUCAAAUCCCGGCUAGACCUCUUACACAACCCCAAAAACUCCAACACCACCAAAACCAACGGGGAUGCACCGGUAUCGACUGAUAGGAGGAGCCAGAUUAAAGCGGAGAUGGAUGAGCUUCAGAGGGUUCAGGGGAGCGGGAAGGCGGACAGGAGCAAGACCCUCGACGCCAUCAAACGUCAUCAAGAUUCCAUCAACACCAAGUCCAAGGAGAUCACCUCCAUCCGCCAAAAGCUGCCUUACAAGAACUCGGCGGAGAUUCAAGCUAGGAUCCAACAACUAGACGGACAGAUCGAAUCCGGCAAACUCAAGCUUAUCGAUGAGAAAAAGGCCUUGAACGAGAUUUCUACGUUGAAACGAUCGAGCAAACAAGUAACUACCCUGGAAUCCCUCGAGACCUCGAUCGCCGAGGACAAACAACAGAUCGAAACCCUCCGACAAGUCCUCGACGACCCUCAAGCCAAAGCCACCCAGGCCAGGUGGGACGCCCUGAAAAAAGAACUGGACGUGUUGAGGGAGGAACAGAAGAAGGCGUAUGAUGAAAGAGGCGGGUUGUUUGAUAGGAGGAACGAAUUGAGUAGGAAGAUGGAUGAGCUUUAUGAGCGGAAGAGGGGGUCGAAUGCCAAGCAUCGGGCUGAUAAUGAUGCGUACCGAGCCAAAGUCGACGCCGAACGUAAAGCCAAGAACGACCGGUUCCGGGCCGAACGCGCCGCCGAGGACGCUUCGAGGAGGGACGAACAGAUCCAGCGCAUGAGGGAAGAGGCGAAAGAGCCCGCGUUUGGGAGGGAGAUUGAGGAUUGUGGAGUCUUGAUCGGGUGGUUCGAGAGGCAGUACGGCUCGGGCGAGUCUCAGCAGCAACAGCAGCAGCAGGGUGGGGUUUUGGGUGCGAUCAAGGGGGCGAUCGAUGGGAUCAAAUCGCUCGACCUGCGUAAGGUCGAAGAAGCCCAGCCUGAGGGUACGGUGCUCAAGAAGGACCGGGACGAUACCGAAGGCUGGGGCGCGUUCGCAGGGACGGGCGGCAAGAAGAAGGGCAAGGGUGGUGGUAACAAGAAGACCCCCGCCGCUGCUCCCGCCGCCUCGAAGGAAGCUGCCGCACCCGCACCUGCAGCACCGGCAACGACCAACAAUAACAUCUCGUUGCCGUUCUCCACCCUGAACACCCUCCUCGGGUUCGGCAUCUCCCCCCCAGCUAACAAGGAGGACGUUCCCCGCGUCAUCGAGGAUCUGUCGACCAAGAAGUCUUGGUUCGAGGCCAACCAGAAGAGGAAGACCGAGGAAGAGGUCGAGAGGGUGGAAAAGCAGAUUAACAAGAUGUUGAAAAAGUCUGGUGCGGCUGGUGCUGGUGUCGGAGAAGGGGCUGAGGUGGAGGGGGUUGAGGUGGAGGGCAAGGAGACGGGUGGGGAGCGGGAGCCUAAUCAUACCGUCGCCGUCGUUGGGGAUGCCACCAAGGACGUCUCUGUCGAACAGGGCGAGCAGCUCCCGGAGACCCCGGAAGAACGGAGUAGCAGCGUCCACCAGAUCGACCAGGAGUUGGAGCAGGUCAAGAGCGAGGAGGAGGCAUGAGAUUGAGUAAUGAGCAUCCGAAAUGGGGGAACAGUGUUGGGAUGGGAUUGAGCGAUGUAGUAGAUGGUUUCUUGUUUGGUGGACGUUUAUCGAAUGCAUGAUAGUGAGA